CUUUAGUGUACCACAAAUAAGGACUUCCGGUCACUGACAACAACGUGACAAUGGUUCCGAUGCUUAUUUUCGUCUUGGCUAGCUUACAAGCUAGUUAUUGAAGAAGCAACUACCACUCUUCACCACCAAGAUGAGACUGCCAUGCACGGUUAAAGCACUGCACCCACCAUCUUCAAGGAGGGCGUCUUCAGCUCUUGCAGGGAUGUUUGUCCCUGCUUGCAGUUCUAUAGACUCUCAGUCCCUGCAGUUACUCCAGGACUUUGUCUCCCGGACCACACGCCUGUUUGCCAUCAGCGGUGCCGGUCUCUCCACAGAGUCAGGCAUCCCAGACUACCGCUCGGAAGGUGUGGGCCUGUACGCCCGCACUGACAGGCGGCCCAUGCAACAUGCCGAGUUUGUCCGCAGCGCCAAGUCUCGUCAGCGCUACUGGGCGAGGAACUUUCUGGGAUGGCCGCAGUUCUCUUCACAUCAGCCCAACGUGGCUCACAAAGCUCUGCGGCACUGGGAGGAGCGAGGCAAGCUGCACUGGCUGGUCACACAGAAUGUGGACGCUCUUCACUCAAAGGCAGGCCAGAAAAGACUCACUGAGCUGCACGGAUGUGCCCACAGGGUGGUGUGUCUAAAUUGUGGCAGCAUCUCGGCAAGGGAAGAACUCCAGAAGCGUUUCGUAGAGCAGAACCCGGGCUGGAGGGCGCGGGCCGGGGCGGUGGCUCCAGACGGUGAUGUCUUCUUGGAGGACGAGCAGGCUCUCCACUUCAGGGUUCCCUCCUGUGAGUUCUGCGGAGGGAUACUGAAGCCUGAGGUUACCUUCUUUGGCGACACGGUAAACAAAGCCACAGUGCAGUUUGUCCACAAAAAAUUAGCAGAGGCGGACGCGGUGUUGGUCAUCGGGACGUCACUACAGGUCUACUCGGGAUACAGAUUUUUACUGGCAGCCAGUGAUAGAAAAAUGCCAAUCGCCAUCGUGAACAUCGGGCCGACCAGGGCAGACCACUUGGCUGAGCUGAAGGUGAGAGGACGCUGUGGUGAAGUGCUGUCUGUCAUUCAACCUUUCUGAUGGCAAUGGACAUGAAACACGGACACGCUGCCUUCAAGGGCAAAACUACCUCAGCUGCACGACCUAGAAAACCAGGAUGCAACAUUAGGUACCCCUGCAUCAAGGGUGUCCUUUUUUCCAGGCCGCAUACAUAAAAAUAAAAUAAAAUUAUAUUACUUUAAUACAUUUUGGACAUUAAAGAUGCUAAAACCCAGGGCCACCCCAGGCCAAAUUUGGGCCCUAAGCCGAAUUUUAUUUGAAGCAUAAUUUGCACAUUAGCCAAGAAUGCGGCCCCAUGUGCAAAAUGAUCCCCCAUAUGGAUCACGCAGUGUGUGUUCUGUGUGGCGGGAGAGGCGGUCCUGAUAAAUACAGUUCAAUGCAGGUCAAUAAAUGCUACGCUCUCUGACCAAAAUAUCCACAAUAAGACAACCAAAAUGUUAAAAAUAGCUCUUGGUAUGAUGCAGAAUUUUUGCAGGUGUACCUAAUGUUUUGGCCACAUUGCUACUAAAGACCUCAAUUGCCUUCUACUGUCAUAAUGAAGUACUGUACAGUAGGAUAUCUCCACAAGGGGGCAGUGUGUGCUACCCAAAUAGUUAAAUGACAUAAAAUAGGUAUCAUGUGCUUUUCUUGUUGGUAUACAUCAUAACUCCAAAAUAAUGGAAAAUUAUUUUAGGACGUGGUUCAUUAAAUGUAGCAUGCAGAAAUGUUGAUCAACAUCCGAGUAUCCAAUUUAGAGAUAUUCUACUUUAUAUUGAAUGCAACAUUCAAAGCUUGUUUAAAGGUAGAUUAAAAUGCUGACUGCUGACCAUUUCAAAUGCAGGUCAUGUCAUUAGUUCAUUUAAAAAAAAAAAACAUCAGAAGGUUGCUUUCAGCCACAGCUUUUAAUGCCAAUAUUUUUUGCCUGGCAGAGACAGUUAUUUUUCUUGUAGACCACGCACAUGGCGACCACAGGAGCCUCUGCAGUUAAUAGAAUAGAUGUUAACGGGAACAUUUAUGGUGUAAUUACGGUAUUUGCUCAGGAUUAUUCACACCUAAGCCAGAUUUUGAGUUACUUUGUUCUGGUUGGUUGGACAUGAUCAAAUAAAGAUUUUAGGAAGUUCUAUUAGAAGUCUAAAUAUUUAUAUAUAUAUAUAUAUUUUUUUACACUUUAACAUUCUGAAACUAAGAUUCACUUUUAAGAUGAACUUUCCAGCUAAGAUAUCAAUUCACCAAAUUUAACUUAGAAUAUUUUGGCAUUGCGGUGGUUGCAAAUGCUGUAUGAAUGAACAAGGAGAAGGAGCUUCUUGGACAGUUUAAUGAAGUCAUGAAUUCAACAUACAGUGGAGUCACAAACAGACUGAAGGUAGAGUGACUGCUGACUGACAAACAUCCAGAUCUUUGAGGACAUUUUGCUGCUGGAAUCUCUCUUGAAGACCAAGCUUCCAGUCCUCCAGAUAGGACUGUGUCUCAUUCUGCAGGACGGCAGGGAUGCUGAACGAGUACAGGCAACAUUUGUCCCUGGUGGAGCCUGCCUGCCAUGUUGCGUGUGCAGUGGUCACCAUCAGAGGGGUCAUAGAGAGGCAGUUGUCAAAGCUCUCCGUUUGAUUGAACCAGUAGGUGAUGGGGUAGCCCAGUAAGAGUCCAAAGACAGCACUCAGGUUCCACUCAUCGGACCGCUCUGCCACAUAAACACCUUUGUCAUCUGCUGCAUCAAACCCUCCAAGGAGAAAAAGGAGAUCUUGCGCAAUGCUCUUCAGCCUUCCUGUGACUGGAUCAGCAAUGGUGGGCUUCUCUAGUGAGUGAGAGACAUCAAUCACUGCUGGGCCGCCAUUUUGAAGCACUCGCUCAAGAAUGGAGCAGACUACAAGUGGAUUAACAAUGAGGCUGCUACCGUUCAAGUCCAGUGUGACGAGUGAUUCAGACACAAGCUGGGAUGACUGACACAAGCGCAAAUACUGAUGCACCUGCUCGACACUGGCACUGUUGGUGUCAUACAGCAGAGAAGGCUUCAGAGCAAAAUCAACAGCUGAGAGUUGAGCAGCGAUGUCCAGGCUUUGAGGGACCGAGACAGAUUUCCUUCCGGCAGACAAACAUUUACGAGCCGCAGCUACGAAUAUCUCCCGAGUAUCCAUAGCUUGAUGAAUUGGACUCUUAUUUAAAUAUGUUACUGAAUAUAUUUAUAUGGACUUAACAGUCAAUAAAGAGGAACUUGAUUUAUGGCAACAACAAAAAUGUAAAAAUUAACGAUCAAAAGAGAUAAUACAUUUCAAACUAGGAUUAACAACAAACAAGUCUUCACAUCCUGUCGUUAUUCUUUGCAGAUCCAA